GUGUAGCACACACUGCACUUUUUAAAGAUAUUUUAGGAAUAUUUAAAAUGCCAGGAGUGUAUUUUCUCAUCUUAAUUAUUCUUCAUGGUGCAUUUGUUGGUAGAGGGGUUGGUGGGCAGACAGUGAGUGGAGUGUUACACGGUCGAGCAGAGCUGCACACCUGCCGUGGACACGAGCAAAAUGCGACACGAGUGGAAUGGAGUAAAUACAGAAAUUCAGCAUCAAAACGUCUUUUAUAUACAUUUGAAAAGCCAAACAUUACUGAGUGCAGAACCAACACAUGCACAAAUAUCUAUUUUGAUAUAAAGCAUUUGAGUCUUAUUGUGGCUAAUCUGACAGCAGAAGAUGAAGGAAUUUAUGAGGAGAAAACAUUCGUACACAAUAGAGACACGGAGCCCUGUAACAUCAACUUAUCUGUGCUGUCUGUUUUAAAGAUAGCUGUGUCCACUUCUCGCUGCCCUCUGACCCUGAGGUGUGAGGUGAGAGGAGAUUUUCUGGACCUGCGUUGGUUGCGGGACGGACUGCCACUGCCAGAGGACCAGAGAAUCUCCUUUAAUGAGAAAAACCGGACCAUGCGUGUGUCCUGCCUGAACGCCUCAGACUGGGGAACAUACACCUGUCAGGUUUCAAAUGCAGCUGGAACAUCAGAGGCACAUGUCAAUAUCACAUCAGAUGUAGGCACUGGUAAAGGCACUGGAGAAAAAGAAAAUUACCUUAUACUGAUCCUGUACUGUAGUGGAGGAACACUUAUUGCCAUCUUAACUUUGUGCAUAAUUUUAUUCUACACCUGCAAAUGUGAGUGUGAAUGUGAUAAGCCUCUACUUUCCAAGGAGGAAGCUGAUACUUUGCAGGUGGACUUUUUGCCACAUAUCAACACAGACCUCACAAAGCCGAAAGUUUCUCAGCAGAUCACUGAUAAAAGGCAGCUGGCUGAGGACUUUAGAGUCGUCUUCUACACCAUUGCAGACACUGAGAACAAACAGCCCCCUCAAACCACGUAAAGCAGCAGGUUUGAACAAUGCAAUAAUCAGAGAGAGAUGCAUGCUUGCAACUUUGUACACUGAAAAAAAGUGAUGCAUUGAUUUUACCUUAUUCAAAUGUAUACAUAAUUUCAACAAGACAAAUACAUGUUGUAUAUACAGUUGUGCUCAAAAUAAUAGCAGUGUCUUUAAAAAAAUGAGUAAAUGUCAAAAUUCGUCUAACAAAUUGUACUUUAAUGAACACAAAUGCAUUGGGGACACAGCACAUUCUAUUCCAAAGCAGGACAAUUGGGAAAAGUAAUUAAAACUCAAAUAAUAAUAAUGAUAUUUCACAGAAAGUCAGAAACGUAAUGUUCAAAAAAAUAGCAGCGUUGACAUCUUUUCUUGGAAACUCAAAAAUGUACUGCACAAACUAAGAAAUUCUUGAUAAGUCAACUUGGUUGAGUAUCCUAAACUAAUAUUUUGUUGCAAAACCACGGUUUCUGAUAACUGCUUCACAUCUGUGGUGCAUGGAGUCAACCAAUUUCUGGCAGCGGUCAACAGGUAUUGCAGCCCAGGCCAAUUGUACUAUAUUCCACAAUUCCCCUGCGUUUCUUGGUUUUGCCUCAUGCACUGCAUUUUUUAUGUCAGCCCACAAGUUUUCUAUGGGAUUAAGGUCCGGGGAUUGUGCUGGCCACUCCAUCAGUUGAAUCAUGUUCGUUUGGAACCAUGCUUUUGCUCGCUUGCUGGUAUGUUUUGGGUCAUUAUCUUGUUGAAAGGUCCACCUCAAAGGCAUUUCCUCUUCAGCAUAUGGCAGCAUGAAUUCUUCCAAUAUCCUGAUGUACUCAAAUUGAUCCAUGAUCCCUGGUAUGCGAUAAAUAGGACCAACACCGUAGUAGGAGAAACAUCCCCAUAUCAUGAUGCUUCCACCACCAUGCUUUAACCGUCUUCACUGAGUACUGUGGCUUGUAUUCUGUGCUUGCAGGACGUCUGACGUACUGUCUGUGACCCUUGGACCCAAAAAGAAGAACCUUGCUUUCAUCAGUCCACAAAAUGUUACGCCAUUUCUUCUCAGGCCACUCAAUGUGUUCUUUGGCAAAUUCUAACCGCUUCUGCACAUGUCUUUUAUUUAACAGUGGGACUUUGCGGGGGCUUCUUGCUGGUAGGUUGAUUUCAACAAGACGUCUUCUGAUUGUACCAGUACUCACAGUCAACUGAAGGUCUUCCUUGAUCCUCUUGGAGCCGAUCAUUGGCUGAGCCUUUACCAGUUUGGCUAUUCUCCUAUCCAUUCGAGGAGUUGUUUUUCUUUUUCUUCCACGUUUUUCUGGUUUUUCUUCCCAUUUCAAAGCAUUGGAGAUCAUUUUAGCUGAACAGCCAAUCACUUUCUGUACUUCUUUAUAGGUUUUCCCCUCUUUUAUUAGUUUCUUUAUUAAAAAACGCUCAUCUUUAGAACAGUGUCUUGAACUACCCAUUUUCCUUGUUUUUUCAGGACAAAUGCACAGCCAGCAUGUCAGUUGCCUUGCUCCUUAAAUAAGGAUCACCCGUUUACACCCUUUUUUCCCAGAAUGCCCUCCCUAAGUGACGGCCUCCCUAAUUGAACUCACCACUGCUAUUUAUUUGAACACACCCUUUUCAGUUAAUCAUUCAAUUUCACAGAAUCUGCAGUAUGCAUGGGUGGCCUGUUGGGUUUGUUGGUUUUCUAUACCCUUAUUAUACCCUCCAAAAACUUACUUGUGGUGUAGAGGUUGAAAUUUUAACAAAAACAUUGAUUUAUCUUGCUGCUGUUGGGGCACUGCUAUUAUUUUGAGCACUACUGUACAAUCACCAGCCACUUCAUUAGAUAUGUUGUAUCUACUUUCCAUGUCCAUUUGAUUAGGUCCUCUUACCAUAUAGAUGCACUUUUUGUACAAUUACAGACUGUAGUCCAUCGUUUUUCUGCUUACUUUGUUAAACCCCUUUUACCCUGUUCUUCUAAGUUCAGGAACCCCACAGUAGUGGUGAGUGGUGGUCAUUUUCAGAAAUGCAGACAUUUGAACACAAUGUAAAGGGCUGGGGUUUUCAAGCUAUGCCAAAAAAUGGAAAAAUGACAAAAAUGGACAUGGACAACAUUGAUGUAUAUAUGUAAAACUUGUUAAAACUAUCUUGUAAAAACUAUAUACACACACACACACUCAGUUUUAUCUACCUACACAAAGUGUCUGUCAACUACAGUUUGUCCAUAUGCCUUAUGAUGUUCUCAGGUCACCUUAAGGCAGUCUUUCAGAACCUCAGCAGAUUUGCAGAACUGAGAACUAUGCAGUUUAUUUGUUUGUAAUGUAUUCUAGGCACAUUGUAAGCUAAAUGUGAGGACGUUUUGCUGGUUCACUGUUGUACAGUCCUGGUCCUUGAGCCCACAUACACUGCACUGUUUUGUGUUGUCUCUGAACAUAAAGCCCCAGUCCAGCUCUUGAAGGGGUUGUUCAUAAACUCAAGAGUAGAGUGUGGUAGUGUGGUGUGCUAGAACAGGGAAGCUGAGACACUUCAGAGCCAGGAUAGACAAAUACUGGUCUGUCUCUAACAUGAGAACCUGAGUAAUGUCUGCUUAAUCUUCAUUCUGAAACAUUUUAUCAGGUUUCAGAUUUAGAAUUUCCAGUAUAAAGUAUUCUUUAACAUUGCUGCUGAAACAAAGCCUUGCCUAUUGAAAUAUUUUCACAAAAAGAAAGCCAAUUUCUGAAUGUACUUCAGUGUGGACAUCAAGAUAUUUUCUUCUGAACCAAAGCACCAAAUUAGGUGAAAAUUAAUUGAUGCAUUUAGUUAUAUUUGUAGUUAACAUUGUAGCAACAUUUGUAAAGAUUUUAACACCUUCUGUUUUUUUUUUCAUACAACAAUUUGCUUGCUUUAGCUUUUUACCUUAAAGGAUGUGUAGCAAAGGAAGCUUAUGUGCUUCUUUUAGCUUUACAGCGAACACAGAAUCAUACCUUGUUUGAAUAUCAAGAUGUACCUAUUUUUAUAUUUGUAUUUAAACCUGCUAAAAUUAUCCAUGUGCUCGUUCUGAAAUUAACAGAGUGGAACUGUC